GAAAAAAACAGACAGAGAGGAAAUGUCGUUCCUGCCCUGGGAAGGCAACUACUCGGGCACGAAGCGGAGUGCCCGGGAGCCAGCAGACCAACGACUCCCCAAACUGCGCAAGGAGACCGCCUCCCUCUUCCUCCACGGCGACGGCAGCGACGAUGGCGGCCGAGAUGUGGUGCUGGGGGACACAGCGGUGGGGAGGCUGGCGCAGGACUCCGCGGAGAGAGUCCACGAUUUCCAUGGCACGGUACUAAGAACAAGGGAAUUCCCGAGUCAUAUGCUAAAUGGUAGCGUGCUAUUGGACGGGUCAUUUGCAUUUGAUAAAUGGCUGGUUCAGAAUAGAUCAAUUUUGGAUGGACGACGGGUCCUGGAGUUAAAAAGUGGGAUGGGAGCUUUGGCCAUUUUCUUGAGAAAAGCACUUGGAGUGGAUAUCACAACCUCUGAUUUUGAUGACAAGGAAAUUGAAUACAGUAUAGCUUACAACUGCAGGAUUAACAAUUUGGCUGCAUUACCUCAUAUCCGACACACAUGGGGAGAUCCAUUUCCAGUUUCCAAACCAGACUGGGACAUUGUUAUUGCCUGUGAUAUUGAACCGUAUGUUGAGCAGUCUACCAACCUGGUAAAGACGCUCUGCUUUCUACUGAGAGAAUACAAGCAGAAAGGUCAGAGAGCUGGCUGUACAGCUAUCACAAAUAAAUCAGGAACGCAAGUGCCUGUCAGAUUUCCCAUUGCCCUGAUUAGCUGGCGUCGAAGAAGUGAUCCGUCAGUUUUGUUCCUAGGAUGCGAAAAGGAGGGCCUGGAAGUGCAGCAUCUGGGCUGUCUUGUGUACCUCAUCAAGACGAAGAAUUGAGAAUUCAGGAGAUGACACACAGUACUGUGUUUGCUUUCAGUUACCGUAGGACAUGGUAGGAAAAGGAAACACGUGGAUUUUCAGUAGAGUUUGUGGGUGAUAUUUUGCUCGAUUUGAGCUACUCCGCUGUAUCGUAUAGAUCUUUAAGGGAAAGGGCUAGAGACUUAUCUUCAGAUGUUUUGUUAUCUUUCUGGAUGAUGAGCAAGAACCCAUCGAUGGGGCAAUUUUUGUUGAUUGUUUAAGUAAAAAAAAUCCAGAAGCGCAGAUUCUGAUAAAUGGGAAUCAUGUAAUUUCUCAAGUGGCACGACAGACGUUCCGAG